AUGCCUGCGAAGCUAACUUUCAUUUGUGUUAUACACUCAGUUAGCGAAAAAGAUUCUCUCGAUUACGUAAUAAGAGAAGCAAUUGGUAUAAUCAGAAGAGAAGAUAACGAAAGUUUGGAU